ACAGAGAAAGAAAACCAAAACCAAAGCUAGUUCGAGUCCAAGAUGGAAGGCAAGGAAGAAGACGUUAGAGUUGGAGCUAAUAAGUUCCCAGAGAGACAACCAAUAGGAACUUCGGCUCAGAGCGACAAGGACUACAACGAGCCACCACCUGCGCCACUUUUCGAGCCUGGUGAGCUUUCUUAAUGGUCCUUCUGGCGAGCUGGUAUAGCUGAGUUUAUAGCUACUUUCCUCUUCCUCUACAUCACUGUCUUGACCGUCAUGGGAGUGAAAAGGUCACCAAACAUGUGUGCUUCCGUCGGAAUCCAAGGUAUCGCCUGGGCUUUUGGUGGAAUGAUCUUUGCCCUUGUCUACUGCACCGCCGGUAUCUCCGGUGGACACAUCAACCCGGCGGUCACUUUUGGUCUGUUCUUAGCCCGGAAGUUGUCGCUCACCAGAGCUUUGUACUACAUAGUGAUGCAGUGCUUGGGAGCCAUAUGUGGAGCUGGUGUGGUUAAAGGGUUCCAGCCUAAGCAAUACCAGGCUCUAGGAGGAGGAUCCAACACUGUGGCUCCAGGAUACACUAAAGGAAGUGGUCUUGGAGCUGAGAUCAUCGGCACAUUCGUCCUUGUGUACACUGUUUUCUCAGCGACUGACGCCAAGAGAAAUGCCCGUGACUCUCAUGUUCCCAUUCUUGCACCACUCCCAAUAGGUUUUGCAGUUUUCUUGGUUCACUUAGCAACCAUCCCAAUCACUGGCACAGGCAUCAACCCAGCAAGAAGUCUUGGAGCUGCAAUCAUCUACAACAAAGAUCAUUCCUGGGACGACCACUGGGUGUUUUGGGUUGGACCAUUCAUUGGUGCUGCAUUUGCUGCUCUUUACCAUGUGAUUGUCAUUAGAGCCUUCCCCUUCAAGUCCAGAAGCUAAGUUAAAACAAGACAUCAAGUCCUCUGGUGUUUCGUCUUGUGUUCUUAAUUAGUUGCUCUUUUGUUAUUACAUAUGUGUGAGAUGCGUGUAUGUAACGUAUGUGCCCUCUUCCUUCCUUAAUGCAAUCUUUUGUAACUUGUAAACAAGGCAGAGUUUCUCAAAUGCUCAACAUAAAUGAUAAAUCUUUCGUGUCUAAAUAACAACCACAAACGGGAUUUUGGUUUGAAAAUUAUGAAAUUUUUAUUUACUAUACUCAAAAAGAUUUAAUCUGGAUUUUGUACAGAGAUAAUACUAUUUGGAUAGCCUGUUCGAUUUAAAAAUACAUCAACUAACAUUUUUUUUGUUUUUCGGAUCAAAAUUUUACUUCUUCGAUUUCAUAUUAAGUUUCAUUUUAGUUUUUAAAAUUUAUUUAUAUCAUUUUAAUGCACAUAUUAAUUUCUUAAAAAAAAUUAUCGUUAUUUUAAAAUUUAUUAAUUAAAAUAUCAAAGAAAUUAAAUAAUGAUUAACAAAAAAAAUACUGUUAAGAUUUGAGAGAAGAUUUGUGAGAAUUUGUGAGAAUGUGUUGUGUAUUUCUUAUUGCUUGCACUAGUGGUUCAUAUAAUGUGGAGUCAAAGUGAGAAUUGAUUACAAAGAUACUCUACAUAAUGACAUGGUCAAACUCAUAAAGACUAAGGUUGAAUGGGUCUUCCAUGUGGCUGGAUGUAAACCCCCAAUGGACUCUAGUCUUGAACUUGUAUGGUCUAGGUUAUGGACCAUCCACUUCAUGAUUCAUAACACUCCCCCCUUGGAUGCCAUAAUCAUAUAGGGUUUGUAACAUGCUAAUGUUGCCUCAUUAAAACCUCUCCUGCAAAACCCAAAACCUAGUGUGGUAAAAAGGGAAACCAGAGAAAGGAAAAAGAGUACAACACACAUUACUCCCCCUGAUUUGGACAUCACUGAAGGUCUUUGAGUCUACGCGUGCCAAUCUUGUUGUGUGAACUUGCUGAAUGUGCAAGAGGGCAAUGAUUUGGUGAAGAGGUCGGUUGAGUUUUCACUAGACCGGAUCUGAAGGACGUUGACCUCUCCAGCUUUCUGCAACUCAUGGGUAAAGAAGAACUUGUGUAGAAUAUGUUUGGUUCAGUCACCUUUGAUAUACCCGUCUUUGAGUUGAGUAAUGCAAGCUGCAUUAUCUUCAUAUAUGAUGGUCGGACCCAUUGGGUCGCAUAUGGACGCAUAAUGUGGUCCUAUACCUUUUGUUCAAAGAUGAACUUCGAUCUUAUAGCUUAUCUUUAUGAUACCUUAUUCAUUCAUACCACAGCUUGGUUGGUUCACGCUGAGAAUUCGACCAACCAUAAGUAUUACCAAAAUUUGGCUAAUUUGUGGUGAUGGUCUAUAACCUUUUCUAAGGUUUAAUGAAUAACCAUUUAACCUAUCUUAGGCUGGUUAGUAUAAAACACAAGGAAUUUAAAAUUCCUCUAUGGACUGAUUUGAAUUGUUCUUAUAGAACUCUUCACUUGCUUACAUGUACUAAUUUAAUUCAGUCCAUGAACAACUUUAGGAAAAUGUUGUUCAAGAGAACUUCUUUUCUCAUCUUUUGGUAAACCUUUUGGUACCAAUAAUAUUAUCAUCAUCAUCCAGUGAGUCAUAUAUAGCAUAUUACAUCUUUUGAAUUUCUUCCAGACAUCAUAUGUAGUGAAAUAUAUAGUAGUAUCCACCACAUUGGAUUAUAUAGACCUUUCCCGGUCUGUCUCACGAUUGAUCCUUCUUUCAGGAUUUAUAUAUUCACUGGGCAUCAUAUGGCGUUUACAUAUUCAUGGCCAAUACAAUACGCCUUUUAUAUAUCACUUUAAACCCCACGUUUCUUUCAUUAUUCAUUAUGAGUACUCUUGUGUGGGUUUAUGAUCCUCGAUACAUAUCUUUGUAUUCAUGUGCUACAUACUCGCGCAUUUUCUAUGAAUGUAUGUGUCGACACACUUAUAUAUAUAUAUAUAUAUAGUUCCUUUUAGUUCCAGACAUGGUAUAAAUCAAUUUGAGAUUUCAUUAUCUAGGACCUUAAUAACCUUAUAACUUGGCGUCCCAAGCUAUAUGGUAUGGUACCUAGUUGUUCAGCUGGCCAGCCUUAUAUCUCAAUGUCUGGAAUGGUUUCCUUUAAUAAAACUCGGAUUUUAUCUCAUGCACCUUUCUUUCUUUCCGAGGUUCCUUAGAAUUUAUGGAACUUUAUUUGGAACAUUUAUUUGGUCUAUCUUAUAUAGACUUUGUAGCAACUUGGUUGUGUCUUUAAGACAUCAAAACCGUGUGGUGCUAAGCUGGGAUGACAUAGUCAUUCUUUCUCUCGGGUCAAUGUGUCUGGUAUUUUAUUUUGCUAUCAUUGUAGCAUAUGGACGUCUAUAAAUUAUUUUCUAGUCCGAGGAUCUUUGCCAAGACAUUGAUGAUUGAUACCAGAUGGUAGAUAUCAUUCUUUAUCAUUCUUUAUACCAGCUUAUUACUUUUCUCCUUUCAUUGUUGGAUAUUCGGAUUCAUAAACCUUAUGUAAUCCUUGUUCCUUGGUCUAUAAUUAGAUCACCCAUUUUGGCUCAAGGUUUCUUUUAAACUUAUGGAGAAAGUAUAUUCAUAAUAUAUAUCCAACAUAUAUUCCUAAUCCUCUUUAUGAGAUUCUAAGAUCACAUGAUCUUAGAUGGCACAUAUAUUUGUGGUGGAUUCUUUCAUAAUAUCUUAAGAUGAUAUAUGUCUGGACUCAUGACCCGUAUCAGUCUGAGGUGGGAAUAUCUAUGAUCACUUAUAUGGCCUGAUAUAAUUACUAUGGCCUGAUGCAGGUUCAUUCUUUUAUAACUCAUGGUGUCCCCAAGCAUAUGGACUUUUAGAAUUUGAACCUUAUAGGUAAUGGUCUUUAUAUCAAAUUCAACCAAUAUGUAAUAUGGUUGUGGACCAUGUUUCACGGAUUUUAGUAUGGUCAUGUAUUAUGGGAUUUGUCCUCACUCCCCCUCAUGAACAUACUCAAAUUCGUGGUGCUUGGGACAAUAAACUCCUUUGUGCAUAGAUAUAUUGCACACACGUGAGAUCUUAUGGGAUAACAUUUGUGCCCUUUUAAAUAUUUGCAUCAUAAUCCGAAUGGCUAAGUAUGGUAAUGCCAUCUAAGUGAUAAAUUUCGUGGGUUAAUCAAACAUGAUUGCCCUGGCUAUUUGCCUAAUAUCAUAUUGAUCACUAGAUCAAUAGAGAAUGUAGUCUCGACCACUUAGGCGAUUUUAAUUUAGGUACUCUUAUUCCUUUUUGUCCAUUGUUGGAAACCAUUUUUUCUUCUUAAUUCAAUGGACCUUAUAGGGUGAAUAUAAUGCCAUUUAGGCAAAGCCUUGGUCGAGCUUCUUUUCUUUUCUUUCAAGGAAUGUCCAGUUGAGUUCAAGAGUAUUUUAUAACUGAGCCUGGAUGGCAGAGCAUGUCGUGCCAUUUGUCAAAGGCUUCUUUGAACUCUUUGGAAAAGUGAGUUGGGGUAUUAAUCCUCAAUCAUAUUUAUCUUGGCACAAUAAAGGCAUAUAGAUAUAGUUUCUUAUCAAACAACAGUUUGAAUAAGAUAAUGAUGAACUCAAAGUAAUUCAUUUUAUUAAUGAAGUCGUGUAUAAA